GCGUUCCUAAAGGAGGGCAGUUAAAAUAUUAUCAAAUCAGCUGGUUUUUAUGACGCAGAAGCCUACCUAAACUGUAUGCAAUCUCAACAAAAUGGGGGACAAAUCUAUUGAUUGCAUAUCAAAUGACUCGGGUGAUUCGUGGGAUAUCCUUAGUAACUCUGGAUCUGAGCCGGAGCGCGAUUUUCUGAAUCAACCACCAUCAAGCUGUCCCAUUGUGUGUGCCAAUUGUGGCGAUUUGUUGUCCGAUGAGUUCCUACAGUGUUUGUUGUGUAAAAAUUGCUACAUUUGUGCCAAGUGCAAAGCAAACUCUCCGUUAGCUGUACACUGCAAAGAACUAGAAGCACAUUCAUUUAUUCCGACACAUGAGUCGAUAUCACCUAAAGAUAUAUCUAAUUCGGAGAACUGUGAAUCGGAUAUUCUUAGUUUGCCAGAAACUGAUAACACUCCGUCAGUUUAUGAAGAUUUCACUGAUAUUGACAACUGGAUGAAAAGCAGUUCAAAUGCACAAUCGUUUACAUUGUCAGAUUUUGAUUCCAAUAAAGAUUAUGUAGAAGUUGAACCAAUUUCAUCUAACCCUACUACUAAUAAUGAAUAUCAAGAGAAGAAAUGUACAAAUCAAUUAUCUCAAAAUGAUGGUUCAAUUUUACAAGUUUUAUUACAAUUUUUACAAAAUACCAAUCAACCAAUAAUCUCAACACCAGAAUCAAAUUUAUUCAAUUCAAAAUUGUUACCGGUAUCGACUUUCGAAUCAUCACUUUCAAAAACAUCAUUUCAUCCACAUUAUGCAACAACUGUUCAUAAUGUUCUAUUAAAUAUGGAUGAUAGUUCAGCUUUUCAAUCAUGGUUCAAUUUGAGUAGUUCAUUAGGUAAGAAAAAGAAGAAUACACGUCAUAAAGAAGAAAGUUUCUCGUCUAAUUCAUCCACAUCAUCAUCAUCAUCGUUGCCAUAUGAACCGGCUGUUGAAACGCUAUCACCCCGACAUCAUGAUUCAUUUCCAUUGAUAACAACAUCAUCUAUUGUUGGUAUAACAAGUGGUCGUUUCACAAUUUCAUCGUCAUCCUCCUCCUCAUCAUCAUCACCGCUAACAUUGACAACAUCAGCAACAAGAACAAGAACAACAACAACAACACCAAUGACAUUGAAAAUGCAAUCAUCAUCAUCAUCAUCGUCGGUUGAAUUAACUGGAGAUAAUAGUCCGAAUCGAUCAAGUUCCACAUCGGAUUUCUCAUCCCAAUCAUCAUCAGUUUGUUCACUUUCCUCUUCAUCAUUAGGAGCUGCUACUCAAUUCUUGAAAUCAGUUGUUAAAUAUUCUGCUGCUGCAUUGAAUAAUUUCGAUUUAUUAUCAUUGAAUCAAACAGACGAUCUACCAAUGGGCAAUUGGUCGAAACCAUUUACAAUUCACAAUAAUUCUAAUCCUAAUCAUAAUAAUAGUUCAUUAACUAAACAAAAUACAUCCCCAUCAUCGCCAUCGUCAUCAUCGUCAUCCCCAUCAUCACCGCCGCAUGAAUCAUUGUUCUUGAAUAAAAGUAUUUUUAAAAAAUCUAUCAACACUACACAUCAUGGCAAUGAGAAUGUUAACCCGUCUGUCACCAGUACAAUUGGCAGUUCAUUAGAUAAUAAUCAUUAUCAUCAUAAUCAUAACAGUCAUCAUAAUAAUAAUAGUCAUAACAUUAAACGAACUGUAUGGGAUAAUGAACAUUUACGUGAAGUGAUCAGUGCUAAACCAUUGCCAUCGAUUAUCAAUGAAACCAUCGCUUAUAAUUUACGUUAAAUCGUUAAAUAGUAUUUUCAUGUUUUCAUGUUUGUUCGUUUGAUCAUUCGUUUGUUUGUGUUAUGGAACAGAAAAAACAAGAGCUCAUUAAUUUCCUUGAUUUAUUCAAAUUUUAAUUUAUGAUUUAAACAAAAUUAUAUGCAUAUACACACAUAAAUAUAUACAUAUACAUAUACAUAGUAAAUGACAUAAGCAAUGACAUACUGGCAUCAAUGUUUUUUAUCAAAAUGGUGUGUACACUUGACACAAACACAGAGAGAGAGAUACAUGUGUGUGUAUUACAAUGUUACAUUGUUGUAUAAUAUAUUCACUUUUCAUUUUUUUUUUAUUGGGUUUUAGGGUUUAAUUUUUGCCAGCGAAUAAAAUUCAUCAUUUAUAAAUGAUAUAUACAUAUACACAGAGAUAUAUAAAUAAAUAUACAUAUAUAUAUAUGUUCCUUUUUUGAAAAGAAAUUCAACUAUAUUAUUACUGCUGUAUUUUAUCCACGACAAUGAUGUGGCUUUAUUCUUUGAUGUGACAGUCAUAAAUGUGACUGCUGCUGUUUUUCGGCCAGUCUACACUGAAAUGCAUGUCUUGUGUGUUGUUUUGUUCAGUUUUAACUGAUUCAAUGUAAACCAUUUUGCAUUCAUUAUUACACAUUACAACAGCAAAAAAAAUUGAAACAACCGUACACAUAUAUUUGAACACUGAAUUUUCAUUGUGAUCCCUUUUUAAUGGUGUUUUUCAUUCAUUUCUGUCUUUCUGAUCAAUUGAUUGUUGUUUGGUUGGUUGAAAGUUGUUUCAUCUGUGCGCGUAUUAUAUAAUACUUUUCUGUAAUCCUUUUUUCAAAAAAAAAAAAACAAACAUUAUUUCCAUUAGAUUUUUAUUAUUUUUUGUUGUAGGCAAUAACAAUUUACAAGAAUUUGACAGUUGAAUUUACAGUUGAAAUGUUUCUCUUUACUCUGUCUCUCACUCGCUCACUUGCUCUCGCUCUCUCUUCUCUCU